UAUUAUUAUAUCACAAUGGAAUAUUUUUCUAUGCUGAAGCUGAAAAUAGAAAAGUUGUUUCUUUGGCAGAGAAGAGAGAAAAGAGAAAGAAUGGAUGUGAGGAACAUUGCUGUGGUGGUGGAAGACGUGGAUGCUGCUAGAACUGCACUACAAUGGGCACUUGACAACAUCAUUCGCUAUGGUGACAUAAUCACACUGCUCCAUGUCUACCCUUUAUCAAGAUCCAAAAGCAAAAGCAAAGCUCGUCUUCUUCGACUCAGAGGCUUCCAGUUAGCACUUUCCUUCCAAGACAUUUGCAACAACUUCUCCAAUACAAAGGUUGAGAUUGUUGUCACGGAAGAGAACAAAGAAGGAAUGAAAAUUGUGGCUGCGGUGCGAGAGAUUGGAGCUUCAAUGCUAGUGGUUGGACUUCAUGAUCAAAGUUUUCUUUACAGCUUGGCAAUGGUCCAUAGCAACAUAGCUAACUACUUUAACUGUAGAAUCCUUGCCAUUAAUCAGCCUCCUGAGUCCCCACUGAGUCCAAUGGUAGGAGUCCAAGGCAGUUCAACCAACAUGGACUUUUCACAGAUCGACAUAUCUGGAUUACAAGUUCCUGAACCUCCUCCACCAAAGGUAAAAUAUCGGAUUUGUCCUGAUCCAACUGCAAUUAUUUGUAGAUUAAGAAGGUCAAGGAGAAGAAGAUGAAAGAAAAGUCAACACCUCUAGCAUCUCUCGAAGCUGACUGAGUUGAUUUGGUUAAGAAAUUUUUCUUUUAAUUAAAAUGGUCCAUGAAGAAUUCGGACCAUGAUCUUUUUAUUUUAUUUUUAAAUUUCUUAUAUAUUCGCCAGUCAUAAAUACAUAAAAAAAAUAGUGCAAUUAGCUUCUCUUUUUUAUUUUUUAUUUUUCGGGACAUAAAGAGUGCAAUUAGCUUUGUAUACUUUGGUUGUUUGUACCUACAUUUAUUUUGAUUGUAUAAAGUAUCUUGUGACUUGUGGUAACAUUGCUUCGGUACAUAUUUGAAGAUUGGUGACGUUCUUCUGCCA